AUGCCCGGAGCGGGCGUAUUUUGGAAACAAUACCGCGCGGUGCGGAGUGGCCUCCUUCCGCGCCCGCCCGCCCGCAGCCGCUGCAGCCCCUACUCGCGCCUCCCGCUUCCCGCAACAGCCCGUCUGAAGGCCCCUCUCCUUAACAGCUGGGCUUUUCCCUCCUUCCCAAUUGAGUCUGGGCGCCGCCCCCGAGUGCUCGUCACGCUGGACCCUGGCGCGGAGCCCUGGCAUCACGACUCGGAGGCUGAGACUCUCUCCUGGAGUCACCCAGGGGAGAUGGAUCCACCUCAGUGUGUGGAGGAGCUGGAGGAUGAUGUGUUUCAGCCAGAGGAUGAGCUGGGGACCCAACCCGGGAGCUUGCCCUCUGCUGACCUGUUUGCCCCGAGCCAGCUGGACUGCCCUCUCAGGCGCCUGCAGCUCUUCCCCCUCACCCCCUGCUGUGGCCCUGGGCUUCGACCCACCAGCCAGGAAGACAAGGCCACCCAGACCCUCAGUCCAGCCUCCCCGAGCCAGGGUGUCAUGCUGCCUUGUGGGGUGACCGAGGAACCCCAGCGACUCUUUUAUGGCAAUGCUGGCUACCGGCUCCCUCUCCCCGCCAGUUUCCCUGCAGGCUUGCCCCUUGGUGAGCAGCCCCCUGAAGGACAGUGGCAACAUCGAGCAGAGAUACAGAUUGCCAGAAAGCUUCAGUGUAUUGCAGACCAAUUUCAUCGGCUUCAUAUGCAGCAACACCAGCAGAACCGAAAUCGCGUGUGGUGGCAGAUCCUCCUCUUCCUACACAACCUUGCCUUGAAUGGAGAUGAGAACAGGAACGGGGCAGGUCCCAGGUGAGGCUGGGCUGCCCUCUCCGAAUGGGGCACCGCGGGAAGGAGGACAUCGGCGAGGACUGACACUGUGUCUUGUGAAGUUGUUUUUUGUUGUUUUUAUCUUAAAAAAUUUAUCUCUAUGUGUACAUAAGACAUACCCAAGUGGGACCUUUCCCCCUGUUCAGGGCCUUGACCAGGAAUGGGGGCCUUUGUCAAACACUGUCGAAGUUCAGGCCGAUGUGUCUCUGAUGGUGGGUCCUCCCAAGGGCUCUGACAAGCAGAUUCUUCAGUCAGAAGUUGGCGAAGAUGACCGGGUAGUGAUGUUCUCUGACGACUGGACUGUAGUUUAUCCACAGGAACACAGUUAAGCAAUAGGAGACUGGAUUGCACUCCUGGUUCCAUCCAGCCUGUCUGCCCUCCACCGCGGACGGGGCCGAGAUCAGGACAGUCACACUGCUUUGACCCACCAGGGCCCCCGCCAGGGGCUUCCCAUCUGAGCGCGGCAACCUCACGAGACCCGCCUGCCUGUAUCUGGGUUCCCAUGUGGCCCAGCCAGUGCCCACCCCAAGGGCUCAGGGAUCCUUGCCCAGCCCCAGGCAUCUCCAGCAGACCUCAGGGAGGGUUGGGCUCCUCCAAGGGCCCCUCAAACAUGCCACAGAGUGAACCAAACUGCUUCGUAGGCCUCAAAUCUGACCUGGUCCCACUUGGAGGCCCCAGGAUUGGUCCUGAGGUACAGAACCACUGCCCCCUCUGGCUUUCUGGAACCGUCUGGGUGUCAGCCAUGGAUGAGUCAAUGAGCCAGUCAACGUGCUGUCACCAGAAGCUUGUGCCUUUGUCAGCUCUUCUUUCCAAAGACCCAGAAACAGGCUGCAUUCCACCCCCAGGAUCAGCACGCUAGGGCGUGAAGGAGCAGGACUGCAGUGGGACUGGGAAACGUGGCCAUCCCACCUGUAAGAGUCAGCCCUAGAGGAACCUGGAGCCCUUGGUUUCCUUGGAAACUACAUACCUCCUCCUCCUUACCCCCAUUCCUUUUUCACACCUAGUAUGAUGCAGGAAGAAGCCAGCACCGUGACUUUGUCAGCUGAAAUACUUCUUUUAGAGCAACAGAUAACGGUGAGAGUGCAGAACCGUCAAAACCGGGUACAACAUGCCCGUCUUCCUUCAGCCUCCGCCAGGCCAGAAGGACGUGCUCUGGACCUCGGCAGGCCCCCAGCUGCCUCUGAACUUCCCUUCUCUCCUUGCUGUGGUGCUAAUGGAGAGAGUUUAAAGCAGCCAGUCUGCCAGCUCUAAUAGCAGACACAGGGAAUCUGAAAAUACAGAGAAUCUGGUUAGCAAAACCUAGAAAUUAAAUGAUAAUUUUUGCAUAUGUAAGAAAAGAUAACAUUGGUGCUAAACAGGGAAGCAGGCCCAAAGAAAAGAUGGUUUUCCUGGGCAGAGAAGACCCCGGGCGACCCAAGGAAAUUGGAGAAGUCCAGAGUAGACUCUCAGAUCUGAACAAGUCCAAACUCCUCUGAUUCUACAGAGAGGAGGUCCUCAGUACUGUUGAAGGAAGAAGCAUUGAUCUUCUGGAUGUCGGGCAAGUUGUCCACUGCCCAAGGGCACCUGCAGAGGAAGAUACUAGAGGCUAAAAUCCAGCCUGUGCUCUGCUCACUAAGUUGUAUGCCCUUGUGUAGGGGCUAUGUCUGCCCAGAAAAACUGGUACCUUUCCUAAUUUGCAUGAAGGUGCCACAUGGGCUCACGGUGGCCCUGAGGAGAAGGACCUCAAACUGCAAAAGCCUUUGUUUUAUUCUACUUAGAUGUUCUGGAGGUGUUACCUCUUCUUGGCCAGAAUUAUAUUCUCAGGGUGUGUACCAUGGUUUGUCUGCUAAGAAGAUGAGUUCUUGCUUACAAGAAGGAACCCAGAGAACAGGCAUGAGGACUGGCUCUGGAACGCGCUGACCAUUGUGAAAUCCAGCCUUCCCUGCGUGUCUCCGUACCACUUACGAUGUGCAGAGGACAUGUGGUGUUUUCCCCUCUCCCUGACCAAGGCUGUGACAGGCAGGCUGCUGGUAUAUGCUUGACUGGAACACACAAGAAACCCAGGAUUGUUUCUGUCAACCAUUUUUAACCCCUCUUGGCAGACUUUCCACCUGAGCUGAGUGAGAGAGCAAAUAAAUGGUUUAUACUUCGGUGCUGAGGCAAAGCCACCCACUUCAGGGACCCCGCCAGGCCCAGGAGGGCCUGUCCUGAGAACUGAGCCCAGAGUUUGACAAGCCCAUCUGAGCGCUGAGCCUGGGGCCAGGUGGAAGAUGGUCUGACUGCACUGUCUCCAUCUUCUGUGAAGCCAAGAACUCACUCACCUAUAUCCUAAGCAAGCCAGGGCAAAUUUAAAACCUCCCCCCUUUCCCUUCCCCUUCCCCUAGAAAACCCAGGAGGUAACUCACAGAAGCAGAAUAUCCCCAGGAGGGAGAGAGGUUCCUCCUGGCUGGCUGUUUUUAAUUGGCCUA